AUGGACUUCUCAGAUGUCUUCACUCCGGUUCUGGACACGAUGCCGGUUUCUUCACCACCAAACUCGUCUCUGGACAACGUCAGUCGAACCUCCUCCCCCCCGUGGAGAUCUCCUCCUCUACCUCCUCACUCGCAUGUGGUGUCAGUCUUCAUCGUGCUGGUGGUCACGGUGGUCAUCCUGGGGACGCUGGUGGGGAACGUGCUGGUGGUGAUGGCCGUGUUCACCAGCCGAGCCCUGAGGGCGCCUCAGAACCUCUUCCUGGUGUCUCUGGCGACGGCGGACAUCCUGGUGGCGACGCUGGUGAUUCCCUUCUCUUUGGCUAAUGAGGUCAUGGGCUUCUGGUACUUUGGCUCCACCUGGUGCUCCUGCUACUUGGCCCUGGACGUGCUCUUCUGCACCUCCUCCAUCGUCCACCUCUGCGCCAUCAGCCUGGACCGCUACUGGUCCGUCACUCAGGCCGUCAGCUACAACCGCAGACGCACGCCGAGACGCAUCAAAGCCAUGAUCAGCGCGGUGUGGUUCAUCUCCGUGGUCAUCUCGUCCCCGCCGCUCCUCAUGGCUCAGAAGGAGGAGGAGGAGGUGGAGGAGGUGCAGGAGGAGGAGAGGGACCCUCAGGUGCAGGAGUGUCUCCUCAACAACCAGACGUGGUACAUCCUCUCCUCCUGCCUGCUGUCCUUCUUCCUCCCGGGACUCAUCAUGAUCCUGGUGUAUUGUAAGAUCUACCGCGUUGCCAAGCAACGAGCCCCCACCGUGUUCGUGGCCAAGAAGGUGAUGGAGCGGCAGCCGUCCCAGUCCGAGACCUGCUGCGUGGCCGGGGGCGGGGCCUGCCGAGGAGGAGCAGGAGGGGGAGCAGGAGGAGGAGGAGGAGCAGGAGGAGGCGCUGGUCCACAGCCCGGCCACAGCUCCUCCCACCUGGACAGCAGCAGGAGAGCAAUGCUGGAGCACAUCCACCUGGAGGGGAGGAGCCUGGAGGGGAGGAGCCUCCAGGUGGACGUGACAUCCUCCUCCUCCUCCUUCUCUCUGCGUCUCCCCAGGAGAGCAGGAGGGAGGCUGGAGACAGAGGAAGGGAAGGAGGCUGAGGGAAGGCCGAGCAGGUUGACACCUCCUCCGCCUGCCUCCUGCUCCUCCACCUCCUGGGCUUCAUCAGACCCGUGCUCCCACCACGCCCUCCUCCCCCCCCACUCCCCCGUGGCGUCCAGACACCAGGUGUCUCAGCGGAGGGAGCGGCGCUUCACCUUCGUGCUGGCCGUGGUGAUGGGCGUCUUCGUGCUCUGCUGGUUCCCGUUCUUCUUCACCUACAGCCUCCACGCCGUGUGCAGAGACUCGUGUCCGGUUCCAGACUCGCUCUUCAACCUCUUCUUCUGGAUCGGAUACUGCAACAGCUGCUUGAACCCGCUCAUCUACACCGUGUUCAACCGGGACUUCAGGAGGGCCUUCCAGAAGAUCCUGCUGCACACACACAGACCCACAUGA